UUGAAUUGUAAAUUUCCAUCACUGUUGGAACACAAUUGUAGUUAUUGAAGUGGAUGUUUUCAUCAAUUUCCCUUCCACAGCUUCCUUCAUCUUCUGCUUCCACAAAAGUUGAUCUUAUGAAGUUUUUCCACAGAGCAUUACCUAUGCAAAGAGUAGAACUAAUGGCCAACUGGCUUUAAACGAACAAGAGAAGCAGAACUUAAUUUUUCAACAAUGCCAAAAAAUCCCAGAAUACAGUAUAAAUCACCCCUAUAUUUUCCCAAGGAAACAAAAUAGGCAUGUCAAGGAUCAAGCUUGACUGGAAGGAGACUUCACUUUUAUAUCCCAUUUCGACUUUUCUGUAUUUAAUUUCCUAGGACAAUAGUGUCCACAUAGAGAUACAGUCUACAAUCCUAAAUGAUCUCUCCACAAAUGACUCUGUGGUUGUCUUUGUAUUGUACAAAUAUUAUAUACACAUUGUCUUUCCAUUCCUAUAUAACCCAAAUCUUGGUUCAAUAAUUUAUUUCAGUAUCCUAUAUUCCCAUAUUAUACUGAAUCACUGGUAUGCUAGGAUAAAUUGUGAUUGGCUAGUAAUGUUUAACAUAUUCUGAAAACACCUUUGAGAGCACACUGGUUCUUACCCAAGCAAACCCAAGUCUUUAAUACAAAUACAUAUUUCCCCCAAAGAGUAUUGAGAAUAAAUGACAUUUUAUUACAUGUAUAUUACUUUUUCAUUUAAAUGGAAUGAUAUAUGACUGAACUGCUCUUACAGUUGACCAUAAUAAUCUAAAGAAAAAAACAAAGCUAGCAGUAACUAUAAUAAAAAUUUAACAGAGUAAAAUGAAACGUAGCAAAUUUUGGUAGGAAAGGCAUAUUCAAAUCUUUUAUUUGCCUCAUUUCGUAACUACGGUAAUACUUUAAUGAAACUAUAACAGAUGAAUUUUUUUUAUUUGGUUCCAUUUUAAAAUAGUGGUUUGAAACUACAGUAUCAUUGAAAAAUAGUUAUUCCCUUUAUCAUUCAGUACAGAGAGCCAAUCUUUUUGAAUAUUUGCAGAGAGUAAAUACAAUAGCCUCCCCUUUCAAAUGUAGUUUAUCUUAAUUGAAUAUUAGCCUUUUUUCAUUUUCUCCAUUAUCCAAUUUUUUAAUCACAGAGGCUUUUACUGAAGUUUGACUAUAUUUAUUUAAAUAUUUUCCAUAAACCCUUUUCAUGUUAUCUUAUAACUCCCCAACAGAGUUUAUUCAGGUUGGAAACAAAAAAUUUUAAUCGUUUCAGAACGCACGUUAUCUGUUUCACAUUGCCAGUGGCUGUGGGUGUAUCAGAAGAUACAUAAAGGAAACUGUAAUAAUUCUACAAUGAUUUUAUACUGCAUAAUCUUGUUAGAUAACUCUGAAAAAGCUGUUUCAGUGAUUACCAGCAUAUGUUAUAUAUAAUUUCUUUCAUGUUGUUAAAACAGAUUGACUGACCCCUUGUACAUAAAUUUAUCAUCUAGAGCAGGUUGUAUAUCGUGGAGUUGGACCUGAAACAACUGAGUUUAUGAGUAAUAAAACCAUAAUAUAAUAAUGCAGCUCAAGGUACAUGUAUCAAAUCAACAUGCCAAUUUAUUACCAAACUAAUUUCUUAGUAGGCAGUUGAUACCCCCAGGCUUAUGGUCAUGGGGGAUUUCAAUCUGCCGUCGGUAGGCGAGACAUUGUCGACAGCUCGGGAGUUCAUGGCCUCCAUGGCAGCCUUGGACCUGACCCAGUUAGUGAAUGGGUCCACACACACUGGGGGACACAUGCUGGAUUUGAUUUUUGUCUCGAGACAGUGGCUGGCUGAAUGAUCUGGAUGUGGGGGACUUAGUCAUCACUCCCCUGCCGUGGACAGAUCAUUCUCUUCUUCGCCUCAACUUUCAGACCGCAAACCCUCACCGCAGGGAGAGGUGGUUCCGUCCCAGGCACCUGAUGGACCCGAGUAGGUUCCUGACGGAGCUUGGGCUGAUUCCUGAGGAUCUGGCCCACAGCUUGGCUGAAGAACUCGUUGCCGCCUGGGAAAGGGCGGCGGCGGGGGCUUUGGACCGUGUCGUGCCUAUGCGGCCUCUGACCCGGCGCUGCUCUCGACCGGCUCCUUGGUUUACUGAGGAGCUGAGAGAGAUGAAGCGCCAGAAAAGACGCCUAGAGAACGCUUGGAGAGCCAGCCGUUCCGAAUCUGACCAAACACUAGUGCGGUCACCUAUUCAGGCCUAUCUAGUGGCAAUAGGGACGGCAAAGCAAGAAUACUUUUCCGCCCUUAUAGCAUCGGCAGAUAACCGCCCAGCCGCCUUGUUUGGGGUGACCCGCUCCCUUUUGUUUCAGGGGGCUCGGGAGGACCCUUUACAGGGACGAGCUGAGGAAUUUGAAAGUUAUCUGCACGAUAAAAUCGCUCAGAUCCGGGACAGGCUGGACACUGAUUGGGUGGAUCCAGGCAGGAUGACGCAGGCACAUCUUGAGAACAUUGUUUGGGCUGAGUUUGACUCUGUGAUUCCCGAUGACAUGGACAGGAUACUGGGGAGGUUGAAUGCCACCACAUGUUUAUUGGACCUGUGUCCCUCCUGGCUGGUACUGGCCACCCAGGAGGUUACAUGAGGCUGGCUCCAGGGAAUUACCAGCGCUUCUCUGACGGAGGGAGUCUUCCCAGCCACCUUGAAAGAGGCGGUGGUGAGGCUCCUCCUUAAGAAGCCUUCCCUGGACCCAGCUAUUUUGGGGAAUUACCGUCCAGUCUCUAACCUUCGCUUUGUGGCGAAGGUUGUAGAGAGUGUGGUGGCUUGGCAACUCCCCCGGUACCUGGAGGAAACUUUAUCUAGACCCGUGCCAGUCCGGCUUCAGGCCCGGGUACAGCACAGAGACAGCUUUGGUCGCAUUGGUUGAUGAUCUCUGGAGGGCACAGGACAGAGGUUGUUCCUCUGUUCUUGUCCUGUUAGAUUUGUCAGCGGCGUUCAAUACCAUCGACCAUGGUAUCUUGCUGCAACAGUUGGGGGUUUGGGAGUGGGAGGCACCGUUUUACGGUGGUUCUCCUCCUACCUUUCCGACCGUUCGCAGACAGUGUUGACAGGGGGGCAGAGAUCGACCGCUAGGCAACUCACGUGUGGGGUGCCGCAGGGGUCGAUUCUCUCGCCUCUCCUGUUCAACAUUUAUAUGAAGCCGCUGGGAGAGAUCAUUCGUGGUUUUGGGGUGAAUUGUCAGCUGUACGCUGACGAUACUCAGCUGUACAUUUCCACCCCAAACCACCCCAACGAAGCCGUCGAUGUGAUGACUCGGUGUCUUGAGGCCGUUCGGGUCUGGAUGGGGACGAACAGGCUCCGACUCAACCCAUCCAAGAUGGAGUGGCUGUGGAUGCCGGCGUCCCGGCACAGUCACUUUACCCCAUUGCUGACUGUGAGGGGCGAAUCGUUGGUCCCCAGGGAAUCGGUGCGCAAUUUAGGCGUUCUCCUGGAUGCACGGCUGUCUUUAGAAGACCAUUUGACGACCGUCACCAGGGGAGCUUUUUAUCAGGUCCGCCUGAUUCGCCAAUUGCGCCCUUUCCUGGACCGGGACUCACUAUGCACAGUCACUCAUGCCCUCGUCACUUCCCGCCUGGAUUGCUGCAAUGCUCUCUACAUGGGGCUCCCCUUGAAGAGCACCCGGAAGCUCCAACUGGUACAGAAUGCGGCCGCACGGAGGAUUGAGGGAGCUCCAAGGAGCUCCCAUGUAACACCUCUCCUGCGCAGGCUGCAUUGGUUGCCAGUGGUCUUCCGGAUGUGCUUCAAGGUGUUGGUUAUCACCUUUAAAGCGCUCCAUGGCAUCGGACCAGGAUAUUUAUGGGACCGCCUGCUGCCGUCAGUUACCUCCCAUCAUCCAGUGCGUCCAGUGCGCUCUCACAGGGAGGGCCUCCUUAGGGUGCCGUCGGCCAACCAAUGUCGGCUGGCGACCCCCAGGGGAAGAGCGUUCUCUGUGGGGGCACCGGCUCUGUGGAACGAGCUGCCAGUGGGACUCCGUCUUAUCCCUGAUCUUCGGACCUUUAAACGCGAGCUCAAGACUUUCUUUUUUCACCAAACGGGGCUGGCCUGACUGAUUGAUUUUAAUAUUUUUGGGGUUUUAGCGGGCUUCUUAACAGGGGUUUUUAUCUUUUGUAAUUUUUUAUCUAAUAUUUUUAAGUAUACAGCUUAAUUAGAUUUUUAAUCUUGUUGCGGUAUUUUAAAUUGUUUUUGGAUUAUUGUCAUUUUAUUUGCUGUAUACCGCCCUGAGUCUUUGGAGAAGGGCGGUAUAAAAAUAUGAAUAAAUAAAUAAAUAAAUAAAUAAAUAAAUAAAUAUACUUUAGAUUUUUCUAAUUACAUUGAUUAAGACAACAAUUUCCCAAUAAUUAUUGGAUGCAUACUGAAAUUACUCCACAGCAUACAAUACUGAAUAAUUCUGGAAGAAUUAUUUCUAGAGGUAUAGACAGUCUAUCAGGAAAAGCAGUUAAGUCUUUUGGUAUUUUAAGAAUUAACUAAUUUUGGUAUAAAUUUCUUCAUCUGGCUUUCCCGUUCCUUAGUUUGCCCCUAAUUAGUGUAGCUAAUGAGAGUUGCCUGAAAAGUAAUGGGAGUUGUAUAAGGACAACACAAUGGGGAGAUACUAUUAAAGUAAUGGUUAUGAGGUACUAUAGUAAUAGUAAUUACAAUAGUAAUAGUAAUGAGAUCCCAUAAUAAAAUCACUUUUCAGAUUAGAAGAAGCCACCCCAUAACCCCAAAGACUAAAUGAAGAUCUUGAUACUCAGAAGAAUCUGUAAAAAUUGCAUAAGAUUGCAGACUUGUUAAUACUAUUUUAGGACUGAGUGUACCAAAAACUUUAGAACAAAACACAAUCAAUAAUUCCAAGGUUUAAAUCCAAGUAUAUACUUUUAUUGUUGUAAAUCCUGAUCUUACUUCAGAAAUUGAGAGACUAAAAGCUUCAAAACAAUUUUAAAGCACCUGUUAGUGCUAAGCACAGAGGUCUGACAUUUCUUCACAGAAAUUGUUCCAGCACAAGUUUAAUUCUGACAUUUACAGUAUUCAUAUUUCCUUUUUAUUCCCAUAGAACAAGAGUAAAUAGCAAAGUUAUUUUUCAUAAUAGAUGUCUAAAGGGCUUAAAACACAUAGUGGAAACAUAAAAAGAUUCAGCAAGGCCUAACUGUACAUAAAAGCUAUCGUUCCCAUGCAAAGACACUGUAGAUCCAAAUAUCCAAUAUAGCAAUUAGCAAUAACACUUAAGACUUAUAUACCACCCAAUGAUGCUGUACAGCACUCUUCGGGCAGAUUACGUCAGCAUAUUUUGUCCAACAAUCUGGGUCUUCAUUUUACCGACCUCAGAAGGAUGGAUCAACCUUGAGACAGACAACCUUGAUCCACAGCUAGGAUUGAACUCCAGGCUGUGGGCAGAGUUGGCCUGCAAUACUGCUUUCUAACCAUUGCAUCACUAGGACUCCUAACAACCUUUGGAUGUAGUGGAGUUCAACUUCCAUAAUUUUCAGAUUGGAUUAUUGGCUAGAUAAUUACAGAAACUGAAGCCUAACCCAUCUGAAAAAAAUCAGACUAUAUGAACAUUCCCAAUGGUUAAUAGCUAAACUGGUCCUACUGAAAUAUCUGGAUUAGUCUUAAUGCAUUUUGAUUAAGAUCUUUGUUAGAGAAGGGGCUAAUAAACACAAUAUUACUUAACAAUUUUUAGAGAAGUGACUUUGUUUUUUAGUAUCUCUAAAUUUGUAAGUGACACAUGUGAAAGCUAAAAAAAUACUAUUUGCAUAUAGAGAACUCCUUUUCUUUCCUUCCCUAAUGAUAUUUUAUUAACUGUGUGAAUAUAUUAGACAGGUAAUCCUCGACUUGUAAUAAUGGACCCUGCCAUUAUUAGGUGAUAACAUGUGAGACAAAGUGGGUCCACCAUGACCAGACACAUUUUAUAACCAUUUUGUGGCAGUUGUUAAGUGAACCCAUUGUUCAUCAUAAGGCAUUUCUGCUGAAAAUCAGAAGAAAAUACUGAUUUUCAGCAAAAACAUCAUAAAUAGCAUUCAUGUGACUAAAGGACACUGCAAAUAGCCAUAAAUGUGGGUCAGCUGCUGAGUGCCCAAAAUGCAGUCACAGCAGGGGGGUGAACAGCUGAUGGAUAGUCUAACUAACUAAAAGAAAGCUAUGAAAAUAUUUUCAGACCCCUCACAUCCUGGACAUAAACUGUUUCAACUCCUACCCUCAAAACAACCCUACAGAGCACUGUACACCGGAACAAUUAGACACAAGAACAGUUUCUUCCCGAAUGCCAUCACGCUGCUAAACAAAUAAUUCCCUGAACACUGUCAAACUAUUUACUAUCUCUGCACUACUAAUCUUCUCAUCGUUCCCAUCACCCAUCGCCUUCCACUUAUGACUGUAUGACUGUAACUUUGUUGCUUGUAUCCUUACGAUUUAUAUUGAUAUUGUUUCCUGAUUGCUUAUUUGUACUCUAUGACUAUCAUUAAGUGUUGUACCUUAGAAUUCUUGAUGAACAUAUCUUUUAUUUUAUGUACACUGAGACCAUAUGCACCACGACAAAUUC